CAGGACUUUUGCCAGUAUAAAAAUAAGCUAUAUAUUAGGGUAUUCGGCAUGGGAGCCUUGUUUUAACUAUCAAACUCGGAGGUUUGUUUCCUUCAACCUUAAAUCUGUCUGAGGUUGCAGAAGCCAAAAGGGAGAGAUGUUGAAAGGAAAGGCAAUCAAGAUCGAAGAUCCAUUACCUGAAGAUUUGAUAACUGAGAUUCUAUCAUGGCUGCCGGUGAAAGCUCUACUGCAAUUCAAGUGCGUUUGCAAGUCAUGGUAUGCGAUCAUUACAAGCCAAGCUUUCAUAUCCAAGCAUCUUAAUAAUUACUAUGACAACUAUAACGAUAUUGAUACUUUCCUUGCUCAGUAUUUCGUAACGAAAUUAGGAGAACUUGCGUUGUAUGAAUUCUUGGUAGAUGAAACAUCUACAAUUUUAUCAUACGAAGAACUGCGUGAUAGGCCCAUAUAUAAUUCCUUUAUCUGUGGUCCUUGCAAUGGGAUAUUCUACCUGGACCGUUAUUCUUAUAGGGAUCAUCGUGCUCUAUGGAACCCUGCAACCAAUGAACUGAAAACAUUACCUCCACUAAUAAGGAAACCCAAUCUCCCAUCCCUUAGCUUUUAUGCUGGUGUCAAGGAAGUUUUUGGUUUUGGAUUUGAUAGAGUAACUAAAGAUUACAAGGUGAUUGUUAUUAAAAGUUGGAGCAAAACAAAUAGCAAAAUUCGUUAUCCUUUAUCAGUCUUUGUGUACUCAUUAAGUACUGAUUCUUGGAGAUAUUGGGGAGAUUUGCCACAAAAUUACAAGUUAUUGAGCAACAAUAAAUGUUACAUUUGUUUGAAUGGAGUUUUUUACUGGUUGGGAUCAGAUUAUUCUGGUGGGAAAACUUAUGACGAAGCCAUUAUUUCUUUUGAUAUGGCUACUGAUUUGAUCCAAGAUAUGCAGCUACCAGACUAUGACAAGCCAGCCAGGGAAACUGUUCUUUCAGUAUACCAUGACUCCCUUGCUUUGCUUACUGUUCAUGAUAUCAAGCAUUUUCUUGAGAUAUGGACAUUGAAGGAGGGAUGUUGGACAAAACAAUUCACUGUUGGGACUAGUUCAUAUGGACGGAUUUCACCAAUUGCGCAUUGGAAGAAUAGUAAGUUUAUCUUUGAAUGUGGCCCUUGUAAGGAACUAACCUUAUUUGACAUUAUUACCCAAGAAAUAACCUAUCUUGGAUAUAUAAAAGAUAUUCAUUCGUGCGAAGGAAUUUUCGUUUAUCGGGGGAGCCUGGUCUCAUUCAAGGAUAGAAAUGAACACUGGGAAGCUGAAGCGCUAGCACAAUAGACUCGCAUAAAGCUGAAGAAAGCAUCGCAAUUCGCAUGGUAUGAAACAGUUUUUUUAUCAGUAGAAUUUAGAGAAUUCGGUUUGAAUAUGUCGUUGACAAAGAGAUGCAGAGUAAUAUACCGUUGAUCCAUGUAACUCAAUAGGAGCAGUCAUUCUCUGUUUCCUUACAUAAUAAUCAAAUAAGAAGUUUCUUUGAGUAAUGAAUAAUGUUUUGUAUUUUAUUGUGCUAUUUGUAUAAUUCUAUGAUUAAUUGUCUUCCUCUUCUUGAAACGAAAUCCCAUAAAUAUAGUUGUGGAUUCAACACAAACUAAUAAAUAUCAAUGAAUGUGAAUCAAAUUUUCUACUAUAUUGAUGGGGAUACCCAAAUUUUUGAAUGCUGAAUUUUGAGAUCAUCGAAGGAGACUGUGUGCACCAUUCAAUUCUUUGCUUUUGAGCAUCUUACAUGCAUUGUAAUUUGAAAAGGAGUAUAUA